CAAAUUUCCUGAUUUGUAAAGACACAUUACUCGUCGUACAGUCUGUACAAUGGAGUACGAGGUUCUUUUUUUCGCUUUCAUAUUUAUAGGAAUCAACACAGGCAGUUCGCUCAGCGGUAGUUAUCUCAAGUUGUCCGGUCCAUCCUGCAAGAAAUGCCCUGCAGGAUCUUUUACAUUCUGCUCUCUAAAUGAAGAGUCACGAUGUGUAAAGUGCGCGGAAGGAACAUACAACGAUAAGCCUUCUCGCCGAGGAACAUGCAAGCGCUGCACCAGAUGUGGUCACAAUGAAUACGAGUUCCAUCCCUGUAAUUCAACGUCGAAUACUGUUUGUGUGAAAUGCAGCCAAUGUCCUCCAGGCUUCGGCGUGUUCAGGCCUUGUGAAAAGACGAGAGACACUGAUUGUGUCAAGUGUCCAAUUUCUGAGAGCUUCCUCAGCAGUUAUGGUAAAGUUGAAUGCGGAAUUAAAGUCGAUUCUGUUCGCGAAAAUAUCAAGGAGAAAAAAAAGCCUGAGGACCGAUUCUUUGUUCUAAGAGAGGAGGUUAAUCCUUGGGAAAAUGGCAGAAAGAACCCAAAGUCUCAGCACCAACUUGCAUUUGUUGAGAAACAUGUCAACGCUAACAUCUUUGUAUCUGUAAUGCCUUCUGUUGAUCCAACGCCUUCAAAUGUUUUCUUCUCUACGAAGCCCAGUAGUGCAGUAGACCAAGGAACAGUUUUGGUUAGUUCUGCUUUUUAUGGCUCACCAUCGUCAUCACGGAGCGUCGAGAAAUCAAUCACUUCUCCCGCGGGAGAAAUCAUCAGCCCUACACCCCGACCGGAUAUUCCUUCCAAACGUCCACCUCCAUCCCGCCCGACAGAAAAAUCCGUUUCCUCCUUUAAAACACCGACAAAUUUUGAAAUGCAGGGAGAUGAUCAGAACUAUCCAAGUCGUACACUACAAAAAAUUCGUCCAAAAAGAACAGAUGCAACGACAACGCGUGUAGCAUCGCCUUUUUCACCUUCUGAGAGCGUCAAGGCCAUGUUCAUCAAUCAUGGAAUGGAUGACGAAAACAGCACAGAAUCCUAUCAGAAUCAUACCACCAGGUGGAGGCGAUGGAAAUCGUUGGGAUCGAACAGCCAACCUCUAACGAAAGAAAAUAAAGCCAAAGAAACAUAUCAUGAACCUAGCCAGGAUGUGUCCCAACAUGAACCUAGCCAGGAUGUGUCCCAUCAUUCUCGACACUGGCUGUGGAUAGUAGUGGCCUUGAUUUCUGUUGCUGUUUUGGCGACGGGUUUGGUAAUCAACCGAUGGAGGCAUCCAAAGAAAAACAAAGGGUGUAGCCUCGCUUGUCCUCGUCCAAACUGCAUACGCCCUCCACGCUGUGUGGCAUCGUCGGACUGUUGUAAUAGGACUUCUAUAUCAAGCGCUACAGGAGCUUACACAGAACAGACUGAAAGCCCCACAAGAUCAAAGCAUACUCAGGAGGAUGAAACAGGAGAUUCUCUACCAAAUCUCAACAACCCAGCUCAGCACACUUUGCCUCCCUUUCAAAGUAGUCUUGUGGUCGCAGAUGUUCAUCAUAUCUCUCAAUCUGAUGGAUCUGACACAAGGUCCCCUGGAUACAUAACGGAAGCGGAGGCCACGUUCGACAGCUCUGGUGGAAAGCUUUUCGCACCGGACUCUGAUGUCGUUAUCACUGUAGGGAGUGGAGCAGUUCAAGAGGGCACCAAGCAGCGUUUUUUCUUCCGCGUGCCCAAGGAUGACUCCACUUUGUUGCAGGACAUUCCGGAUAUGCCCGAAGGAACACUUAUUUCCCCCGUUGUCGAAUGUGGACCUCACAACGUUACCUUGCUCAAGCCGGUGGAAAUCACUGUUCCGCAUGAUCUGUGCUUGGACGAGGUCAGGAAGGAUUCGAUAAGGGUUUACAGAUGUGAGCCAUCUUCUAAAGGGCCGCUACGAUGGGAGAAAAUUCCCUCAGCGUCAGAAAAAAACUGCCAAUCCAAAGCAUGGUUUACAGUGAAAAAGAACUCUAUCCACAUCAAGACUAGAAAAUUUUCCAUUUGGAGCGUGUUCGCCUGUGGCGGAACAAAGAGGAAGAGAGCGACUGUUUACUUCAGCAGACAUAACCCGAAAAGUGAUCACAUUUACCUACGCUUCUACAUUUACAGUGAUAAUGAGGAUUCAAAGAAGCGAGUGAAAGCACAGGAGAAAGAGUCUUUUCCCGACUCGAGAUCAUCAAAGGAGAAACCGUUUAAGAUGUGCGACGACGAAAAGGAUGUGAUCGUGAAGCUCACUGAUCUUGAAGACGGUUGGGAACUGGAUAAGACUCCCAGUGUACAGAUAUACAACUACGACACCGCAUAUCGCAAUGGAUUCCGUGCCAAAGACGCCUGUGAUUUUGCAGUUAGACCAGCACGUCCAGGAGUGAAAGAAUUUUCCUGCAACCUUAAAUUUAAUCAAGAAGACAGCCCAACAGAGUAUUCAAUUUAUCUUUACCCGGGGUAUUCACCGCGACAGACAAGUCGAAAGAUUUUUGUUCAAAAUUCUGAGAGUGGCACAUCUUCCAACGGUUGUGAGUUUGCGGGUGCAGUUUCUAUCACAAUGCCAUCAGAGGAGAACGAAACCAAUGAAAGCCAAGAAACGAUAACCUCAAUGGCAGAUUCCUUGGCCAAUCAAACAGAAUCUUUCAGCUGCGAUAUAUCCUUGCUGGGAAGUGACAGACAACCAGUAACAGUAGACCAUUUCCACUGCAUACGCGAGGAAAUCGGUUCUAAGUGGAAGAAUGUCCUGCGAAAACUGGGUCUCAAGGAACCAGAAAUCGAAAAUAUUUGCAUGAAUCAUAAGGAAUAUGGGGUGGAGGAGAGUUUUUUCCAAGGUCUGCUGAAGUGGAAAAAACGUUUCGGCGAGGAAGCUACUACCAAAAAACUGUGUGACGUUCUUCUUGAGGCACGCUGCACGGAAGCUUUGAAAAAGUUUAGAGAAUGAAGUUGCAGAGUGUGACGCUGCUACUCCAAAUCAAGAAAGGGCGGCAAUUAUUUGAACCAGAUUACCACAAUUACAUGUUGGCUUGUUAGCUGUUUUAAACCGGUUCAGAUAAAUUCGAAUCUUGUCCUAUCGGGUCAUAAAAUUGUUUUCGCCAGGCCCGUGUUUUGUGCCCGGAUUUUUUAGAAAUAUUUUCGUAUAAGUUUCUUUCGUUUUCGGUUAGUUCUGCUAGAUUUCUUACAUAUGGAAUUCACAUUUCUCCCUUUACACCCUAACAUCAGUAUGCACAUUCUCCUUAAUGUUCUCUAUACAUUUCCAAAUGUGCUGGCAAAGAGAAUUUGUUCAACAAUCAAGAGGUUCUUUAGUUGAUUAUCAUUUCCUUUAUUCUCAUGACCUUAAUGUUUGAUUCAUGGGUGACAUUGAAAGGAGAAAUUAGAUGCUGGUCACUCUCAGGGAUUAAAAGGGUUAACUGACAUCUCAACUGACACCCCUUAGGAACUUGUAUUCAGCUACUCGGUUAGAAAUUCGUACUUUGAUGUAGCUAGACUGUUCUUUACAAUUUGUAUUUUACUAAUAUUGUUUUCGUUAUUCUGGAACUGAAGUAUGACGGUAAGAAAUUUAGGGAGGAAAGUCGUUUCUGUAAGUGGUAAAUAAAUAAUAGUAAGUUACUUAGUAGGCAAGAAAAUGUCCCUUUUAGUUGGACAGGAACUUUUAAGAAUUCACUUUGUCGCUCAUUGAAUGAACUACCUCCUAACAUAAGGGACUCUAACACCUUGUCAGUCUUUCGCGAGAAAUUGUUCACUUAUUUUUAAGUUCAGUGCUAAUUUUUUAUCGUACUUAUCUAAUUUUUAUUAUGAGGUUAGUACAAUUGGUCUUCGACACUCAUUUUCUUAACUUGGUAAAUAAUUAACUGUAACUUUCAUUAUGGCGGCUUAUAUUAAGGAAUCUUGUGUUCUGUUUUAAGCUGUCCUUAAAUUGAAAGGAUUGGUUUGUUCAUUGUAAUAAUUUGGAAUCUGUGUUAGAGAUUAGAGAUUAAAGAAAAGUUACACGCAGCCCAACACGAUUGGCUGCCAUAGGUUGAUGGACGUUUACUAAAAUCCUCUAACACCUAGUAAUACUGUCACCUAUAAAUACUGUUGUGUU